AUGUCCAGCCACUGGCUGGGUGUCAUUACGUUAGUGUUAUGCUUUGUUCCCUCCUCAGUCCACAGAGGAAACCCAUCCCUCGUGAGCAAAGUGCAUGAAGUGGGGGGGUGUUCACCACCGAGGCCCCAGUCUUCUGCCCUGUCAUUGAUAACCAGAGUUGGUCUCAGGAUGCCUGCGUAUGCCACCAGCAUGAGGAUGAAGUUUCCCAUUGUGGCCUUAACUUUGGAAAUUAUCACUAUCAUCCUGUUUGGAGUGUUUGUCACCUAUGAUGAUGGAAAAGGUCAUGGUGAUUCUCACCAUGACGGUGAUCACUCCAAUGACACCCAUGAAGCCAAGCCUAUGGAUCUCUACCCCAUGUUCCAGGACGUCCAUGUCAUGAUCUUCAUCGGUUUUGGGUUCCUGAUGACAUUCCUGAAGAAAUAUGGGUUCAGCAGCGUGGGCGUCAACCUCCUCCUGGCUGCCUUUGGUCUGCAAUGGGGCCUCCUCAUGCAGGGCUUCUGGCACAUGGAUCACGGCCAAAUUAAAGUCGACGUCUUUAAAAUGAUCAACGCAGACUUCAGCACGGCUACAGUCCUGAUCUCCUUUGGUGCCGUCUUGGGUAAAACAAGUCCUGUGCAGCUCCUCAUCAUGACCAUACUAGAAAUCACCGUCUUCUCCAUCAAUGAACAUCUUGUGGCUACAGUUUUUAAAGCUAAUGAUGUUGGAGCAUCGAUGAUCAUCCAUGCUUUUGGAGCAUACUUCGGCUUGGCAGUGGCUCGAGUGCUUUACAGACCUGGUUUAAGAAAUGGACAUGAGAACGAUGGAUCCGUUUAUCACUCCGAUCUGUUUGCAAUGAUUGGAACUGUCUACCUCUGGAUGUUCUGGCCCAGCUUCAACUCAGCAAUCGCCGAACCAGGAUACACUCAGCUCACUGCUGUGAUCAAUACCUACUUCUCCCUGGCGGCCUGUGUGCUCUCGGCCUACGCCAUCUCCAGCCUGGUGGAGCACAAAGGAAAACUGGACAUGGUGCACAUUCAAAAUGCCACUUUGGCCGGUGGCGUUGCCGUGGGAACGUGCGCUGAUAUGGCCAUCGAGCCAUUUGGGGCCAUGCUGAUUGGACUAACAGCUGGCAUCAUCUCCACCUUGGGUUUCAAGUACCUCUCUCCCAUCCUCUCAUCCAAUCUGGGGAUCCAGGAUACCUGUGGAGUGCACAAUCUGCAUGGCAUGCCUGGCAUCCUGGGUGGACUGGCUGGCAUUGUUGCCGUGGCUUUGGGGAAAAAGGACGGGUCGGCAACCAUGCAAGGAGCAGCCUUGGCUUCAUCCCUUGGGUUCGCUUUGAUUGGAGGUGCUUUUACAGGUUUGAUAAUGAAGUUGCCAUUCUGGGGACAGCCUCCAGACCAGAACUGCUUCGAUGACUCUAUUUACUGGGAGGUUCCUGAGGAGGAUGAGGAGAACGAAGGGAGCUUGGCUCCAGCAGAUCACUCAAAGAACAAAGCAGAAGCCUAAAACAACAUCUUCUCGUCUUGAAAUGAAGACUUACAGUUUUUCUUUAAGCUUUACUUACCAAUUAUGUUACUGUGAUUUGAAAAACAAAUUAUAAAAACACUUUUAACCUUGCUUUCCUCACAAAAAAAUCUCCAAAUGGGCCAUUUUUCAUUAUGACGAAGCUCAGUUUUGAAGUAAUGAAGUACACUGAUAGAUUUUUAUGUUUUUCAUUAAAAAAAACAUUUCAUUUUCAGAAGUAUAAAUAUCUCUUAAUCCAGUUUUUAGAAAAAAAAACACUUCAGGGAUUUACAAACACAAUCACUCUGUACCUCCACUGCUACUUUUGUAAGCUUUUCAUAAUGUCCUUUUAUAUUAUAUUAUAUAAAAACGCAUAUGAGCAUGUUUUAAGAUGUUACUAAAGUGUAUAUUGUCUUUGCAUACUUCUUCACAUCUUACAUAUCCAUAUCAGCUCAAACUCGAGUUAAAUAUGGAAGUAAACUGGGCUUUGAUCUGUUGCUUUGCAUUACCUCACUGGAGCCCAGUCCUGGUAUGAGGAGUCAGAGUCCAGCUGGAAAAGCAGCAUCGGAGCUCUGACAUGGGCAGGGAUGGUCGCAUAAUGUUUCUGUAACUAAUGAACCUUUGUGUGUCUUAUCUUUCCUUAACUCCGAGCAAUUUCCAUCUUUUCCAGGCCACUUGUACAAUUAUAAUAAGCUUUGUUGUUCCUGGGCAAGCUGAGACUUUUUGCAUUUCUGUCAUGAGCAAAUGCAUUCUUAUAUGUACAUACAGCUUAGUUCUUUUAUGAAUUGACAUGGUCAGUUUUAUCAAAGCUACGGAAUGACAACUGGUACUAAAAAAAAUUUCAGACAACUUCACAAGAAUUUAAAAGCUGGGCUGAAAGGCAAGUUUUUCAUGUGUUGCAUGUCAAAUUAUAGGACAGGACUAUUAGCUCGAUGAAACUGACUACAAAUGGACUAAUCAAAUAUUUUCAGGUUUUUUCAAAUGAUUUAUGAUGCCCAGAACACUGAAGAACAUUGACGUUUUUGUAUUUUUAUACGGUCGGCAUGUGCUCCUAUUUGUAUAAUAUACUAAUUCUGUCAUAAUAAAUAUGUUUUUGUACAAUA